GAAGCGAGAGCUGAGCUCCAGCUGCAGAACAACAGAGGCUGAAGAUUAGCAUCAGAGCUGUCGCGGAAAUUCAGACAAUGGUCGUCCGUCUCCAUCUCCGAAUCCUCCGCUGUCGUGCGUCGCUCUGCCUCAACGCUCCCCAGCCCCCGUUUCAUCCAGCGGCUCCUCGACAGUGUGAGAUAUGAGCUCCAAACACACUGCAGACUGGAUUCCGUACAGCACCCUGGAUGAUGAGUGCAGUAAUCUCCGACAGCAGAAACUGGACAGACAGCGAGCUCUCUUAGAGCAGAAGCAGAAGAAGAAGCGUCAGGAGCCCCUGAUGGUGCAGUCAAACCUGGACGGGCGCUCUCGGACCCGCAGAACCCGACAGAGCGAGGAGCAGGCGCCGCUCGUCGAGUCCUAUCUCAGCAGCAACAGCAGCACCAUCUACCACGUACAAGAAGCUGAGCAGGAGGAGGACAAGGCCGUAGCAGAGGUUCAGGUUCCUCGCUCAGCUAAAAAAUCCAAGCCGCUCAUAUCGACCCCACAAACGGGCAGUGCCAAGAAGGAGAAAAAGGGCAAGCACAAAGGAACUCAUGGACCAGCGGCAUUCCAGGAUGAGGCCCAGGACCUGAGCGGCCAAAUCCAGAUCCUCACAGUGGGACCUUCUGCUGGACAAGACAGUGAUGCUGAGGUCCAGAGCAAAACCGUGUCUCGGGCUCAGAGCAAGCAGGACCUGCGGGUCACGAUGCUGAAGAAAGGAAUCUCCAGCAGCAUGAAUUUUGAUGAGGAAGAUGAUGAUGAUGAUGAUGAUGAUGAAGUGAGCUCCAGUUCUUCUCAACUCAACAGCAACACCAGACCAGGCUCGGCCACCAGCAAGAAGUCCAGCAAGGAAGCAGCUUCAGCUUCGACUCUGGUGACCAACGAGCCAUCCAUCGACGUGGGCGAUCUGGAGGAGUUCACCUUGAGGCCAGCGCCACAGGGAGUGGCCAUCAAAUGCAGGAUCACGCGGGAUAAGAAAGGGAUGGACCGGGGCAUGUACCCCACCUACUACCUCCACCUCGAAAGAGAAGAUGGAAAGAAGAUGUUCCUCUUAGCUGGUAGAAAGAGGAAGAAGAGCAAGACGUCCAACUACCUAAUCUCCAUCGACCCUACUGACCUGUCGAGAGGCGGCGAGAGCUUCAUCGGGAAACUCAGGUCCAACCUCAUGGGCACCAAGUUUACAGUUUACGACAGCGGGACGAACCCGGUGAAGAGCACGUCCAGCUUGGAGGCCAGCAACCUGCGCCAGGAGCUAGCGGCUAUUUGCUACGAGACCAACGUGUUGGGGUUUAAAGGUCCUCGGAAGAUGAGCGUCAUUAUUCCGGGAAUGAACAUGGAUCAUGAACGAGUCUGCAUUCGACCACGGAAUGAGCAUGAAACGCUGUUGGCUCGCUGGCAGAACAAGAGCACAGAGAGUGUGAUUGAGCUCCACAACAAGACGCCAGUGUGGAACGAUGACACUCAGUCGUAUGUGCUGAACUUCCAUGGCAGGGUCACUCAGGCCUCGGUGAAGAAUUUCCAGAUCAUUCACGACAACGACCCGGAUUACAUCGUGAUGCAGUUUGGCCGAGUGGCAGAGGAUGUCUUCACAAUGGACUAUAACUACCCCAUGUGUGCACUGCAGGCCUUCGCCAUCGCCCUGUCCAGCUUCGACAGCAAACUGGCCUGUGAGUAACGCAGCAGGUCUGAUGGCAAGAGGACGUGUGAGAGGACGUCCUGAUUCCCUCAGAAGGACUUCGGUGACCUGCAUGAGUCCUGAUUUAACUGAAGCCUCUGUGAGACCACGCAGGAGCUCAGACUGACCACACCCUGGACCUGGAGAGCUUCCUGCUGCUUUUCAGGACGACGGUGCGGGAAAAAGCACAAGCAGCCCCACCCAUGCGGCCCUUAGAUUCUUCUCCAUGUUAACAUUUCAUGUUAAAAGGAAUUAUUGUGUAACUUCAGUGCUACAGCACAUGCGUUUGUAUUCGCGGUGAAAUCUCAUCGUCAGUGUCAUCGCUGGAUUAACUGCAGUUUUCUGAGUAACGCUAAUGCUGAACAUGCUAAUGCUAACAUCACCACUGAUCGCUUCCUCAUGAGGCACCACUUAUAAUCACUUUAUAAACAUUUUACAUGUUAAUGUUGGACUUAUUCUAAUUUUGUAAAGUAUUAUUGAAUGUGUGUGUGUGUGUGUGUGAGAGAGAGAGAGAGAGAGAGAGAGAUAGAGAGAUAGAGAGAGAGACUAACUUUAGCCAUGUAACACAUCAUCACAGUGCUUUAUGACAGCUUCAUGGCGUCUGUGUGAAGUGUUUUGUAUUUCUAUUUUAUUUAUGUAUUUAUAGAUCAUUCCUCUCACUACUGUGAUUUUAUUCAACACCACAUGAACACUUAACAUUCAACACUUAACACUGAAAAAUCCAUGAAGACACACAAAUCAGUGUUGAUUGACCUCUGAACUGAGAGCUGUGUAAACAGGAAACACACAUAUCAUAAGGGAAUGGACUGAACAGUGCACUUUAUCCUGAGUGCUGCUGUAGUGUGUGUGUGUGUGUGUGUGUGUGUGUGUUCUCAGUUCUCGUCAGUGUGUUUCUCAGUAAAAGACUAAAUUACAACAAACAGAUAAAUAAAUUUACUGAAUAAAUCCUGAAACUUGUUGCCUUUAAUCAGGUUUAAAUCUGAACAGGUUUAACUCUAAACAUGCUGGGGGCACUGGGACUGGCACCU